AUGGAGAUGGCCACUAAUCCUAAUGCCCUGCCACAGAGAAAGACAGAUGACGAAAAGUCUUUUUUAACCACCUACGGGAUUAUGAACUUUGAAGAAUUUACGGAGUACACCGACCACCGUAAAACACUUAAAAAGACUGUUUUGAGUGGAAAAGCUACAAAAGAAGAAUUAUUGAUACAAAUAAAUCUCGAAUCGAUUCUAUUAACAACUUGUCAACAGAAAAUUGCGCAAAUUAUGAAGGAAACCAACACUGGAGAUUUCAAAACAGAAAUUCCCACUAUUUUCACUAAACGGAUAAACGAUAUGUACGAUUUAUUGUUUAGAACGUUCUCAUAUGAUAAAAUUUUGGUUUCAGACUAUCUUAAAUUUUGUUCGAAAAAUAAAAUAUUACCUUCAGAAUGUAAAAUUGUUUUGAAUGAAAUAAUGGAUUCAUUUCAUAGUGAUCCAAACGUGUACGUAAUGGGUGCAAAUCAUGCUUUAAAUGAAUGUAAUGAUAUAGAAUCUGCCAGGCGAUAUAUUUCAUUUGGUUUACGAUUUCAUGAAGAGUACAAAAAAUUGUAUAUUGAAGAUUUUUGGAUAGAAGUUCAAUAUUUAAACCGAACAGGAGAAAUUUCCUUUCAAAAAACUUUAAAGAAAUAUAGAUAUAUAAUUCAGAACUUCAAAGAUGACGUUCAUAUCCAUAUUGAUUUGGUGGAUAAAGCUUUAAAUCCACAAAUAAAAAUGUCACAAUUACAGAGUGUUUUAGUCAGAGAUAUGGUAGAUAUAUACAGAAGAAAUGAGUAUAUGUGGCAACAAUUAGCUAAAAUCCAUUUAAAUGGUUAUACUUAUAACUACAAUACAGACAUUUUACAAAAAAUCCCGGACAUUAAAUAUUUAGAUUGUAUAAGGAAUUGCAUUAAUACAUAUAAUAAAGCUUUAGUAGAAACUUCAUCGGCUGCAUUUCAAAGAAGAUUAUGGGAUUUGUUUUUGGAUGAUGUCAUUGGAAUAUAUAAUUCAAGUGAUAAGAAAGAUCAAACCGAUAAAGACUUAGUAAUUAAACUGGUUGAUCAUACAUUUUAUCAAGCAUUUUCUUCUAAUUUUAUGAAAAAGCCUAAACAUUUUAUUUUUUGGGCAAAUCGUAAUCAUUAUGACAAAGACCGUGAAUUAUCAGUAUUAAAAAAAGGCUUGACAACUUCGAAUGACGAUGUUGAUCUAUGGACAAAAUUGUUUGAAUAUUAUAUAAAUCGUGAUUAUCUAAGAAAUGCAAUGGCUGUUUUAUUUGAGUCUGCUAAUAUAAUUAAAGUAAAUUCAUUGCCUUUGUGGGAAAUAAUGGAACUAUACGUCUUGAGCACUGAAGAAGAAAUGGUCGAAAAAUUUUACAGACAAUGCUCAAUAAUUGUGAAAAUAAAAGAAAUUAAUUUAAGAUUCCGGCCUGAAUAUUUAGAGUGGCGCGUUUUAACAUACGAUAUAGAAAGUGGACGUCAAAUUUUUAGCAUAUUAAAGUUUUUAGAACCAAAAUGUCAUGAUUUGUAUAAAAGAAUGUUACGAUUUGAAACAAUGAACAUAGUUUCUAAUGGAAAAAGACAUAUUAAAUACAUGAGAAAACUGUACAGCGAAGCAUGUAAUAAAUUUGGACACAUGGACGUUGAGUUAUGGUAUGAUUGUAUACGAUUUGAGUAUAUGUACGGUAUUCCAUCAUUAGUAGAUGUGAUUUAUGAAGCAGGAAUAAAUCUUUUAGAAAAACCAAGUUAUAAAGCUGAACUAACAGAGAUGAAAAACGAACUUGAUGCACAAUUUAAAACAGAUGAAGUAAUACACAUUGAAGAUGACGAAUGA